UUUCCAAAUAAAGCAAAUCAAAUUCCCCAUUCCCGAUUUAUCUUUUCCACUUUUCCCCGCUUCUGAAUUUCAAUUUUUGUGAUUCCUUUCUUUCUCUCCUUAAAAGAAAUUCAAAAUCUACUUUUCCAGCGAUCAUUUGCUCGGAACACCGUGAUCAUGGGAGCUUCUCACAGUCGUGAAGGUCUAGAACUUUCCGAUGAUUCAGAUUACGAUGACGACGAGGAAAGCACCAAAACGGAAAGUGAAGAACAGUACGAAGACGCCGCCGACGAUCACGCUUCAACGAGGACUCCGCCGGUGAGUAGCAAAACCCUAGACGAAGUCGAUUCUAAACUCAAAGCACUAAAACUUAAGUACGGUUCAGCUGAAACACCGUCUAAUCUAAAAAACGCCGUUAGAUUGUACUUGCAUGUCGGCGGUAACACGCCGAAAGCCAAAUGGAUAACCUCUCAGAAGCUAGCGUACUAUGAAUUUGUUAAAACAUUGAAAAUCGACGGUGAUGAUGAAGAUGAUGAUUACGAAUUGUCAAGUCGAGAGGGGUUUUGGGUUCUGAAUGUGGGGAAGAAAAUUAGGGCUAAGGUUUCGACUGAUAUGCAGUUGAAAAUGUUUGGAGAUCAGAGGAGGGUUGAUUUUGUGGAUAAAGGAGUGUGGGCUUUGAAAUUCUUUGUGGAUGAUGAGUAUAGGGGUUUUAUUAGUAAGUUUCAAGAUUGUUUGUUUGAGAAUGUGUAUGGAAUGGAGGCUACAGAGGCAAAUAAAGUGAAGAUUUACGGAAAGGAAUUUGUUGGAUGGUUAAGACCUGAGGAAUCAGAUGAUGCAAUGUGGGAAGAUGCAGAUUCUGGAGUGUGGAAGGGUAGUGGGAAGAGUCCCAUGACGCCGGUGAGGGAUAGCCAAGAUUUGCUGGAGGAGUUUGAGGAAGCUGCUACUGGUGGAGGAAUUCAGAGUCUGGCAUUAGGGGCUUUGGAUAAUAGUUUUCUUGUGAAUGAUUCAGGGGUGCAAGUUGUGAAAAAUUUCAGCCAUGGGAUCCAUGGGAAAGGUGUUUAUGUGAAAUUUGAUGAAAAGGAUAAGAGGGGAAGUUCAACCCCAAAAAAGGCUCUUUUGAUGCGUGGAGAAACUAAUAUGAUGCUAAUGAGCCCUUUUAAGGAAGGGAAGCCUCGAUCUACGGGGCUUCACCAAUUGGAUAUUGAGACCGGGAAGAUUGUCACUGAAUGGAAGUUUGAGAAGGACGGGACUGAUAUUACCAUGAAGGAUAUAACAAAUGAUACAAAAGGGUCACAGUUGGAUCCUUCUGAAUCGACAUUUUUGGGCUUGGAUGAUAACCGGCUGUGUCAGUGGGACAUGCGUGAUAAGAAAGGAAUUGUUCAGACAUUAGCCAAUACAAGUUCUCCUGUUUUGCAUUGGACACAAGGGCAUCAGUUCUCUAGAGGGACAAAUUUUCAAUGCUUUGCCACGACUGGUGAUGGCUCCAUUGUAGUUGGAUCACUUGAUGGGAAGAUUCGUUUGUACUCGAAGACCUCGAUGAGGCAAGCAAAGACUGCAUUCCCUGGGCUUGGCUCUCCGAUUACACAUGUUGAUGUUACUUAUGAUGGCAAAUGGAUACUUGGCACGACAGAUACAUAUUUGAUCUUGAUAUGCAGUUUGUUUACUGAUAAGGAUGGGAAGACCAAAACGGGUUUUACUGGUCGAAUGGGAAAUAAAAUCCCUGCCCCAAGAUUUUUAAAGCUGACUCCAGUUGAUGCGCAUAUGGCUGGGGCAAAUAACAAGUUCCAUGGUGGCCAUUUCUCAUGGGUUACUGAAAGUGGAAAACAAGAACGCCACUUGGUUGCAGCAGUAGGCAAGUUUAGCGUGAUAUGGAAUUUCCAGCAGGUGAAGGACAGUGCUCACCGUUGCUAUCAGAAUCAGCAAGGGCUGAAGAGUUGCUAUUGUUACAAGAUAGUGCCAAAGGAUGAGUCAGUUGUUGAGAGUCGUUUCAUGCAUGACAAAUAUGCCGUCAGUGACUCACCAGAAGCUCCUUUGGUUGUGGCAACUCCAAUGAAAGUUACUUCCAUCAGCAUGUCUGGCAAGAAGCGGGGGCUGGGAACUAGUUGACCGGUGAUUUGAUCAAUGCGUGCAAGAAAAACUUUCUAUUGUGUAUGUAGGAAGGUUUGAGUUCAUUUUUUUUUUUACGAUCCCUGUAUUGUUUUAUCGUUUAUUUGUUUGUGUUUAUGUUUUACAAACUGCUUUUUAAACCGCAUACUGUAAGUACGAGUGGAAUUCUUAUGAGUUAUGACGUGCAAGAUAUUGUGUCAGAGAAUGUUUGGAUGAAGAAGUUUGUGCAUAUAAUUCAAGUCAAAUAAAUUCAAGCCCUA